AUGUAUUUUCUCGUAGCGAAUAGCUCGAGUGAAACGUGCUACGCUCUGGAGAGCAACGCGAGCGAGUGGAUGUCAUAUAGCACAGUAGCGCAUUUGCCAGUAUCUAAAAGCGGAUGGAGACCAGUCGUUGGCUCAAGUGGACUUCUGUACAGUUCAUUUGGCACUGCACCUCUCCACGCACCUUACAAACUACCAAUACAAGACUACUACCAGUCGACUGGACGUCCUCUCGCUACAAGAGACGUCACCAAACUGACUUCAAUCGCCCAAUCGUAUCGUCCGACAACGCUGCGAACCAUUCCCGUUUCAUCCAACCCAGCUCAGAACCAACCCAUCAAUUCCUACCUCAAUCCUUUCGCUUUGCCGAAUAACGGUCUGGGGCAGUACAAGUUCAUCCAAAACUAUCCCGUUGACUUCAGAAAUCCCCAUAACCCCUUCCUACGCCCCUUGUACCAACAGAAACUUCCCACUAAACAGAAGCAGCCCCAACAAUAUCAUAAUAAUAUCCUGCAAACAUUGACAAGCCUUCAGCCGAUUCACUUCGGCCAAUAUUCCACGCCAACACCGCUGGACAUCCUUGGGAACUCGGUGCAAGCAUACGCGAGACCUGAUGCUAAACGGCCACAAUCCGGCGGCACUGAAGGCUCUAACGAUGCAGCUUCACAGUCAAGCCAGCAAGUGAAGACAGCUCAGCAGCAAGCUCUUGGCUCAUUGAACAUACCUUCUAACCCGUACUUCCAAUAUACUCUUCAAGACUUAGCGGGGUUGCAACAGUUGCCUGCUAGUGUUUUAGGAACUUUUGGAUCCUUCGGUGUUCAGUCAGUCAAAGGGAGAGAUCCAGCAUAUCCAACAACUAAGACCACCUUCCAUGCUCUACAAACCCAACCGACAAAGCAAACGCUCUUCAACUACAACAAUUUCCCACAUACCAUCAAGACGACACCUUUCAUAUAUUCGACGACAACCCCAAAACUCCAAGCUGCCCAAAACCAAUUAUUUUUCAGUUCUACAUUUAACGACUUAGCCAACCUCCCUACGCAGCGGACAAAGCCACUUUCACCAACUAAAAUAGAUCCCAAUGCUGGGAAGAAUACUGGAUUUAAACCGAGCCCUCAAGAUCCAUUUACAAAACACCAACAGACAGACUUCAACAAAGUCACAACCUAUAAUCCCCAAGUUACUCCAGCAACACACGUCACUGGGUCCCCCAAUCAAUACUUUAAUUACAACUUCAAUAUACCGAAUACGCAACCAUUAAAUUAUAACCAACAAACCGGAAAUAAUAAUUACGACAAUCAACAGUAUUAUGACAGUGUUGGUCUCAAUCAACAAGUUUCCCAGCAGUUCACAAAUGCACCUGGUGGAUCUAACUUAUUUGAUUUAAACUCCGCACAAUACCAUCCAUCAUAUGAAGUAACCGACAAAGAAGCUGAUGAUGUCACUCGUCCUUCGACAGGCGGCUGGUUACAAGACACUUACGAAACAAAUCAAAAAGUAACUGAAGAGACUAUUUCAAAACCUGAACACUCUGGUGGCUUGUUUGUAAACCCCACCACUGUUAUUCCUGAACCACAAGAAGAGUUCGCAAUAAUUACGGAAUCAGAGAAAAACGCCUAUAAUUACGAUAAUUCGUAUGAAAGUCAAAGUAGGCGGCCAUUGGGUGAUGACUUCGAACCAAUAGGACAACAGAAACUUAAGGAUUAUUACUACAAAGUAUCAACACCAUCGUCACGACGUACAAGGAAACCAUCAAAAAUUUCACAAGACGUCACUACACAGGCUACAGCAAAUGAAGAAACAGCUGAAGCUCUUCCAACCUUACCACCGAAUUUACAUUUCAAACGGCCCAGCGUACCAGAAGGCGGGGACAAUAAGGUUCGGAAACGCAACAAGAUACGCAGACGUAGACCAAUAGGCAGUCGCGUCAAAGAAGAAUCUACAACAGCUAGAACAACUACGACGACCGAUAACCCACCAACCACAGAUGAAAUUCAUACAAUUAGACCCAGAAUAAGACCGCUAAAAUCGAGAACAGAAAGUCCUGUUACUACAGUAAGCGCUACCACAGAUUCGACUACCAGUGCGUUACCAACUAUUUCGCCAACAACGCCGACUGCGAUGAAGAAAAAGCUAACCCAUCAAAGAUUACUUACGACAAUAGGAAAGACAGAGACUACAACGCACGCUUCCAGAGAAAAUGAACAAAACAAAGAAUCACCCAUAAUGAAAAUAGCGACGAGAACCCACGCUAAUAAAGUUGAGCACAAAAGCACUGAAGUGCCCGAUUACACUCAUAAACAAGACGAGAAAGAUACCCCGACUAGCGAUAUCUCUGUAAGCUUGACAGAUACGUAUAAAACCUCACCCGACAUACUCAAAGAGUUCUCGUUCCACAGAGAUGUACGACCGGUGGAAAUAUCAACAACCACUGUUCACGAAAACAUAGUAGAAACGACCACUACACAGCGACCGGAAACUACGAAAAAUAUUGGCAAAAUACAAAGACCAAAGUUGAAGCUUAAACAAGAUCGACCAAAGUUCAGCAUUAAGGACUAUAGAAAUAGGCUCAGUUCAACUACAAGCACCACUGAAAAGCCAACAGAAAGUACGCCUAAAGCCAGAUUUCCGCAACGAAAGAACCUUUACUCCGAAUUGAACACCGAAGUUGAAACAACAACGGAAAGAAAGAAGUUCACGCCCAAGGAACCAAGGCAUAAACUGAACAGAACCGAGAACAACGAGCAAGAGAUCCAUUCACGACUCAACAACAGACAGAGACAGACCGCAGACACUACAGAAAGCACGACACAAAAAAUAUCAGCACGAAUAAGGAACGGGCAGAGGCGUCCGAAGCCGACGGAAGAGACGAUCGAAACUUCUAGCACGAUCGCCGGAAAGCGGCCUCUGAGAAAGAAACUCAAAGACUCCGAAACCGGUGAGUCCGUUCAAGACGUCUCUAUCAAUGAAACGACAUUGAACUCUGAGAAAAACGACAUAACAUCGGAGAGGACGAGGUCUGAGAGUGCUAUAAUGAAGAUAGCGGAUAAGAAGCAUCAAGACCACAUAGAGCGGCUUUUCGAACACUCCAAACGGGUGUCGGACUUGACCCUGGCCGCGAGUAAGGACUACAACACACCGGGCAUGUUCAAAACGAUCUCAUCGAACAGCAGACGAAUACCGAACUACUUCACGAUAGCUACCGACGACCCGAUCCUACCCAUAGAAGCGUUCUUCCCCCAGCUCAACCAAAAGAAGGAAUCUUAG